GGGAGCGCGCAUGCGUACACUCGCCUGACCCCGCCCCCAGAGGCCUGGCCCCAGGGGCCCGGGGCCGGUUCCCCGGCGUGCCCUGGCCAUGGAGGCCCUGCGGAGGGCCCACGAGGCUACGCUGCGGCUGCUGCUAUGCCGGCCCUGGGCCUCGGGCGCCGCCUCCCGCCCGAAGCCCCGCGCCUCGGAGGUGCUGACGCGGCACCUGCUGCAGCGGCGCCUGCCGUACUGGACUUCGUUCUGCGUGCCCUACAGUGCGGUCCACAACGACCAGUUCGGCCUGUCGCACUUCAAUUGGCCGGUGCCGGGCGCCAACUACCACGUCCUGCGCACCGGCUGCUUCCCCUUCAUCAAGUACCACUGCUCCAAGGCGCCCUGGCAGGACCUGGCCCCGCAGGACCGCUUCUUCACCGCGCUCAAGGUCAUCAACCUGGGUAUUCCAACUUUAUUAUAUGGACUUGGCUCCUGGUUAUUUGCCAGAGUCACAGAGACUGUUCAUACCAGUUACGGACCAAUAACAAUCUAUUUUCUAAAUAAAGAAGAUGAAGGUGCCAUGUAUUGAAAGUGUGCAUUGGAGAACACAAAUGUCAAUGAAUUUGUCCCCCUCUGUGUGUAUAUGCAGUAUUUAUUUUUGAUCCUUUAAAAUAAAAUGCUCCAAAGCC